UUCCCGCCUCUUCCUUUCUCCUGAACACUCAGCAUCAUGGCGCUGGUGAGGAACGUCUACAACUUGCUGUUUCGAAGAACGUCGACUUUCGCCAUCACCAUCAUGGUGGGAGCGGUAUUCUUCGAGCGAGUUUUCGACCAGGGCGGAGACGCUUUGUUUGAGAGUUUAAACCGGGGGAAACUGUGGAAACAUAUCAAGCACAACUAUGAGAAGGAGGAAUGAGAAGAAUGCCAUCUAAUGUCGUCUCUUGAUGGGGCACCCAGCCACCACCUGCUCACCAUGUUUCCUGAAAUGGUUUUGGGAGUGUUUUCAACGUCAUCCUCUGUGGCUUUGGGAUCCAGAGAGACUAUAUAAUGAUCAUCACGCAACACUGAGAAAUCGAAUAGCUCUGCGAGAAUAUUGUGUUGUAUGUCUUAUAUUCCUCACAUUUUGUAAAUGUAUACUUAAAUUAAACAUGUUAUUAAAUCUGACAGUAGAAGUUA